AGCCACGACUCCAGCGGCAGCGUCCCCCCCCCAAACGCACAGCUCCACGCGGCCCGCUCGAUCGCUCGAUCACGGGGCUGCGCGCGCGGCACGGGGCUCCCAGAGGUAGGAGGAGGAGCAGCGGCCAGCCAUGCUCCAGGCCAGCUCGGAGCGGGCGGCGGCGGCGAGGCUGUGGGUGCCGGGGAUGAGCCCGGGGCCGAUGGACGCGGGGUCGGCGAGGGCGCAGGAGAUCGCGCGGCGGCGGGAGGAGAUGCUGGGGAUGCUGCACGACCUCCCCGAGUCCGAGUACGAGCUCUCGCUCACCGACCUCGUCGAGAAGGCCGGGGCCGAAGAAGCCGCCGCGCCCGCGCCGCCGGCCGAGGGGAGGGAGCAGCCGGACCCGGCCGCGUGGUCGGCGUCCGGCAGGCCGGCGGGGAGGCCGGAGCGGCGGGCGUCCGCGCGGCGGCGGACGGACAGCGGGAGCGUGGGCGGGAGCAGCUUCCGCAGCAGCAGCGACGGCGUCCUGCUCAACUUCUACAUGCCGCGAUCGCUCACCAGGAGCUUCACCGCGCCGCGGCCCAGCCGGACGCCGUCCAUCUCCGGCGGCCGGACCCCCAGUGUCGCCUCCGAGUGCAACAAGAGGGAGAGGGACCCGGACGCCGAGACCGUCAAGUGCUGGUCGUUGCUGUGGGAUCGGCGGUGGCGCAAGUCCAGCCGUCGGGACCCGGGCGCGCCGCCCGGCGAGUCCGCCAUGCGCGCCGCGUCGGCCGCCAUCCUGAAAGCGGCCAAGCACUCCGCCGCUUCACCGGCCAAAGUCUGAGCAGCGGGCCGGUGUCUGCUCCUAGUAUUUUUUUUUCUUUCUGUUGCAGGCCUGCAGCUCUGUACAUAUAUGCUUUGUGUGUGAUAUAGUGAUACGAUUUGUAUA